AUGGAACUCACCACAGACAAACUGACAAAUAUCAUCAAAGAUCGGCUGCAAGCAACCGAGGUGGAGGUCCAGGACAUGUCGGGCGGUUGUGGCCAGGCGUUUGCAGUGAUCAUCGUGAGCGACGUGUUUAAGGGAAAGAAUAAGUUGAUGAGACACAGAAUGGUGAACGGAGCAUUGAAGGAGGAGAUCGACAACAUCCACGCCUUCACGCAAAAGGUGUUUACGCAGGAAGAGUGGAACGAGCAAAAGAAAAUGUUUGGAGUGUAG